UAAAGGUAAGAGUGCUAAGAAAGUUCGUCGCUCAAGGAUACAAGUAGUUGAGGUUCCUACAAAUCCUAUGUAUUGCUCUUUGCCUCAGACUAGUCUGGGGGCUCAGGAGACUACACCUCAGAGGACUACACCUCAGCAGGCUCAGUCUAGUCAGGGGGCUCAGCAUUUUAUACCUCAGAGGACUACACCUCAGCAUUCUACACCUCAGCAGACUAUGCCACAUCCGACUAUGCCCCAGUCUAUGAGCACAGAUCCAUCUCAUAGAUAUUAUACUUCACUACUCACUUCACAGAAUGUUCCACCAGGAUUUUUGACAUCUGACAUGCAUCCCGGGGGUUCUAGCAUCCCAGUUCCUCCACCUGGAUCCUCCUCACCCUAUCAGCCUGAGGGAUCUAGCAUCCCACAUCCUCCACGUCGAUCCUCGUCAUCCCACCACUCCAGGGGCUCAGGCACCUCACAUUCUCCACAUGGAUCUUCGACAUCCCAUCACCAUCAGGAGCAUGUUGAUCAUAUAUUGGCCGAUCCAGAGGAGGAGGAGGAGGAAGAGGAGGAGGAGGACAUUGAGGACGUGGAUGUGGUUGCGAUGGAGUAUAAACAUGUGAAGCAGGAUGGAAGAUGGGUUAUUAAACCUGUUGGAAACUUGUAAGUUUCUUUCUUAUAUAUUAUUAAGCAUAUGCACUUGUUUCCAUUUUUUUAAAUUUGAUUAAUACUUAUUUAAAUUUUGGUUUUUAGUUUUGUGCCAAGUAGGCCUCCUGCAGUUAGCAUAAAGGAAGUCAUCCAAGAGUUGUAUAAAGCACCUUGGAAGACUUUCGGACAACUUAUGAAGAAGGAUGGUGAAUUAUAUAAACGUUGGUUCGACAAAUUUCGGGAGAAGUGUGUAUGGCACACACUUGAUGAAGAGCUGGUUGAGAUAAAUUUUAAGAAAAGAGCAUCGGCACGACUUUCAGAUAUGCUUAGGCGUGCCAGACUUGGAUAUGAAGAAAGAGGGAUCAGACCUCUAUGGAUGGGAGAAAAUGUUUUUAAAGAAAUGCUUGUUUAUUGGAAAUCAGAUGAGUUUAAGAAAAAAUCUGAAAAAGCAAAGCAACGUAGAGCAUCAGAAAGGGGAGCCGCCAAUCAUAGAGCCGGAAGCAUUAGUAUUGCUGAUCAUGCUGAACGAAUGGCUGUGGCUAAGAGAAGAGCUCCAUUAAUGCAAGAGCUUCACGAGAGGACUUAUCGGGGAAGAGAUGGAGAGUAUUGUGACGACCGUGCUAGAGAUACUCAAGCGGAGUACAAAAGGUUGAAGAAGGAGUUUUUAGCUAAACAUCCUGAGUUAGGCGGUCCACAUGCAGGGCCGGCCCAACAGAUCUCGAGGCCUGAGGCGAAAUUUAUAACAAUAUCAAAAGCGAUUCUAAACUCUCUAUGGAUAGCUUUAAUUUGGUGCAAUUAG